AUGCAGAAGCGUGACGUCAUCCUGACGGCCGUCUUCUCCAGCCUGGCCGGCUUGAUUUUGGUGGCGGCCUUGGGGGCGGCUUGUUACUUCUUCCAUAAGCGCAGGCGCAAGCGGGAUCGAGAGGAGGAGGAGGAGGACUCGCAGGGAGUGGGAGGAGGAGUGGGAGGAGUCGGCACCAGCCACCGCGCGUCUCUGUACAACGUUUCCCUCUUUCCCCCAAACACCACCCCAUGUUCCCACCCCGUCGAGGCAGCGCGUGGUGGCGGUUCAACGGGGAUGCUGCCGGAGCCGCCUUCUCAGUCUGACGAUACGAUGCAGGCCCGAAACAGGGAACGAGUCGCUCCUAUUUUCGAUUUCGGCGGCUCUAUCCUCUAUAUACUCUCUCACUAA